AUGUUUCAGGAACAGACACGACCGGUUGAAAGUUCAAACAGGAAACAUAAACUCAAAAUAGCAAAAGCGUGUGAGGAUCAAGGCACUCCGCAAGCUACAGAAUUAGAACAAAUGAAAAUUCCGGACUUUAUUUGGGUAGAAAAGAAACACUCUCUUCUUUACUGUGCAAUACCAAAGGUAGCAUCGACCUUUUGGAGACGUACAGUGACCAUCAUGGGAUCAAACGAAAACGUUAACUCUCCUUUUGAAAGCAAAAAAACUGACCUGAGAAAUUUUGGUAACUUAAAAAGAGACAUUAAUGAAAAGAGUGUAGAUGAUUUUCUGAAAAAUGCAAGCUCGUUCUUGUUCGUACGUGAUCCAUAUGGCCGGCUGUUCUCUGGGUAUGAACAUAAAUUAUAUAAUCCAAAUUUAUCAUUUUGGAAGAAUUAUGGUAUGAGAAUCGCCAAAACAGUCCGGCAGAAUCCCUCUAAUGAAAGUCUCAGAUAUGGUCAUGAUAUUACAUUUGCAGAAUUUGUAAAGUAUAUUCUGUUUCAAAAAGAUAAUCAUUAUAGAAUUAAUCGACAUUUUACACCAAUGUACCAAAAAUGUGAUCCAUGCAGAGUACCAUAUGACUACAUUGGCCACUUAGAAACUUUUCGACAAGAUGCUGAAUAUCUAUUUGGUCUUUGGAGACGCAAAUUUACGGACUUUCAUAUUCAUUUUAAUGACUUUGAAAAGGAGACAGUAUUAGACACAGCUGGAAGUCUGAUUAACAGGUUAUUCAAUUCAUAUAAUAAACUUAAACCUGAUUUCAAAUACCCUUUCUAUAAUUUAGUUCUUAGAGUAUGGAGUGACCUUCAAAUAAGAGGAUAUUUAUCUAAAGAUAUACCACUACCAUUUACAAAGGGAGAUGUAGACACGUUAACCGCUGAAAAUAUGUUGAAAGCUGUAUCUGACGCUUUGGAAACUAAAGUUAAUUUAACCGCUGUUAAGCUACAGCGACGAGAAUCUUUGCAACAGGCGUACAGCACAGUGCCACUUGAAGAUAUGGAACGACUACAUGAAUAUGUUCUAAAGGAUUGUCAAUUAUUCGGUUACAAUGACAGACCAAAGCUUCUCUACGAGAGAGGGCAGCUUCUAGAAAGCAAUCAUUUAUAUCUUGCAGGUCUAUAAGGCAAUCAAAUUGAUGCAAUGCUAUAUUACAGUGUAGAAUAUACUGAGUCAUAUAUACACUUCUUGAUAUGUAUUAUUUCCUAAACUAGACAUAUUUAAAAAAAAUCAACGAAAAUAUAUUGCACUGCUUCUUUAUCCGAUUGACUCGAAGUAUAAAUUCUAUUAUACGAA